AUGUGCCCAUAUAAUUUUUCUGGAAUUUUGUCAAACCUUGAUGCUGAGAAUUCAGAAUUAACUUCAGGAAUCAUGGUCAUGGAGCAUCCUCAUCAAAGAAGGAGCCAAGGCUUCUUAAGUGAUGAGAAAGAAAAGAGCGAUACUGAGACGAGAGAUUUUUCACUUGUUUGCAGCAAGAUGCCAUCUUCUCUAGCUCAAGUCCUAAUCCAUUACACAACCUCAGCCAUAACCCCACAACAAACUCUGAAAGAGAUAUUAGUGACAGCAAGAGUAUUUAAGAAGAGAUCACCAUGCAAUUUCUUAGUCUUUGGCUUAGGUCAUGACAGCCUCAUGUGGAGUUCUCUCAACUAUGGUGGCAGAACAGUCUUCCUUGAAGAAGAUGAGGCGUGGAUUGAGAAAAUUAAGCACAGGUUCCCCAAGUUAGAGCCCUACCAUGUGACCUAUGAUAGCAAGGUGAGUGAAGCAAAUAACCUCCUGGAGGUUGGAAGAGGAAGAGAGUGUAGAGAAGUUUGGGAUCCAAGAGAGUCCAAAUGCCAACUUGCAUUGAAAGGGUUGCCAAGUGAGGUUUAUCAGACACAAUGGGAUUUGAUAAUGGUGGAUGCACCCACAGGGUACCAUGAGGAUGCACCAGGGAGGAUGACUGCUACAUAUACUGCUGGUCUGAUUGGUAGGUGCAGGGACAGUGGAGAGGCUCAUGUGUUUGUGUAUGAUGUCAAUAGGGAGGUGGAAGAUAAGUUCUCUAUGGAAUUUCUAUGUGAAAAUUACAUGACCCGGCAAGAAGGGAGAUUGAGACACUUCACUAUUCCUUCUCACAUGGAUGGCUUGGAUAGACCAUUUUGUCCUCUUUAGAAUUUGCUUUCAAUGUUUUUUUUAACUGAUUUUUCUAAAACUUAGAUUGUUUUUUAAUUAUAAAAGAAGAUAUAUAUGCAUGUAUAGGAGAAAAUAACGAUAGGAGUAUAAAAGUGGAGAAUGUGUUUGGAGAAAGAAUACAUAAAAUAAUUGUGUUUAGAUGCAAGAAGAUUUAGAUUUGGAGAAAGAAUACAUAAAAUAAUUGUGUUUAGAUUGAAAUCAUUUAAAAAUUGUUGCCUAUGUCUUUACAUAACUGUUUUCAAGCAUAUAGCAAUACUUUUGAACUAUUUCUAGAUGACAAAAAUGUUAUAAUGGACUAAUUAUUGAUUGAGCAAAUUUCUAUGUGCUCCAAUCUCUUUGAAAAAUAUUCCAUUACAUAUGCUUCUUUCUUUUUCUUUUUUCUUUUUAAAUAAAAGCACACAGGUCUCUUGACCAUAUAUUUUGAAGAGAAGAAAAUAAUAUCAGAGGUAGAUUUCUAGUUUCAUACCCAGGAAAGCAGGUCAAUUUUCCCAUCAACUUCAUAUAUUAUUUUGGAGUUGUUAUACUGCAAUCAUGUCAUGCAUAGUUUUGAUUUGAUUAAUUCCUACUUGAAUUGUGAAAUUAUGUAGCGGUCAUCAAUUAAAAUUAGAUGAUUGAAUACUUAUCCCAAAUAAAUUGCCUGGGGAACAAAUUGCAUUUAGUUUGACUACAGUGACAUUUGUGAGUGAGAUAUUUCUUCUAUGCUAUGUUUAAAUCAAGAAUCAAGAUCUCUUGAGUCUAAGUUGAUAACCUUGAGGCUUCAAGUGCUGUUCUAGUGUCUAGAGAAAGUUUAGUUGCAGCUCUUGUCUGUAUAAUUUUGUCUUUCAAGUCCCUUGGUCUCCAAUAGAGAGUUGGUAGUAUAGGAUAUCAAGUGCCACUAUGGGAUGCUUGAUAUGGUAUUUAAGUGAGUUAGUUCUUUUACUUUAAUAGUUAACUUUUAGGAUGAGAUUCAUCAUCUUACUUAGGUAUCCAUCAAUUAGUAUCAGAGAUUCGUUGUUAACAAUUCUAAAAAUGGCUACCUAUGGAGGGUUAUCAGUAACCUGGUAGUAUAGGAUAUUAAGCCUCGCAUUAAUAGUAUAAGAUGUUUAAUGAGACAUUUAGGUGGGUUAGUUUUUUCACUCAAUAAUUAGCUUUUGGAGUAGGUUUUUCCAUCUCACUUAAGUAUCCAUCUGCCUUAUUAACUAACCCGACUGGUUGUAGCCUUCCUUCAAAUGAGGUAGGGAUUAUGCUUGCCUUGAGGAGAUAUAAUGAGGUAGGUAUUAUCCAUCUUCCUGUUUAACGUAUUUCAGGUAGUAUUUGAAUUCAUGCUGUCUAAUGCUUUUGAAGUCUCAGUUCAUGCUCAUGGCUGCCUUCGUUUUGGUGCACAUACAUCACAUUCUUUCACCUAUUUUAAUAUGCUUUAGUCUAAAAUCAAAAUCAUUUUUUAUGGAAAAUACAGGGUUAUUGUAAUUUAAUUUGGGGAUAAUAAAAGUUUUGAUCCUUCAAAUUUAUCUAAUUAUUGAUUUGAUCCAUGAUUUAAUUUUUAUCAGUCAAAUCUCUAAAAUUUCAUAAUCGUACACAACUAGUUCUUGUGGUUUGAAGGCAUACAA